AUGAUGAGUUUGACAUCCAAAGUUUUACCUUCGAUGAAGAACAGACAAAUUGGUCAUAUAGUCGCUGUGUCAGCCAUUUGUGGCAUUAUUGGUUUCCCCUUUAACAGCAUCUACUCAGCUUCAAAGUUUGCUGUGGAAGGCUAUUGCGAAUCUUUGCGUGAAGAACUUAAGGAUUUCUGCAUCAACUUGACGUUAGUAGAACCUGGUCCUGUGUUUACUCAUUUCGAUCAAAAGAGCGUCGAUAAAAUGGCGGAUAAAGAUAUCGAUUCAACAACGAAGAAACUUUUUGAAACAUUCAUGCAAAAGAACAAUGACUCUUAUCAAACAAUGGGCCAGACACCAGAAGAGGUUGCUGUGCAAAUUAGGCAGUUAAUCGAGCAUGGCAAGUCAGAGCAACUUUGUCACUACACAAAUCCCAUUUAUACGAAUGCAUUAUCACAAGUGUACAGGGAAGAAGUAUUCUCUUCGUAACACAUUCGAAAGUACAUGCGUAGACAUUCGAAAAUAUGUGCGUAUAUAGACCAUUUGUGCCAAUUUUGUUGAAUUUCCUGGCCGAGUAGUUUAAACAAUUUUCUAAAUUUAUAAAUCACACGAGGAAAGACGAUAGAGCAUUAUUGCCUAAGACAAAGAGAAUAUUCGAGGAAAUUGAGUAGGUUCUUAUCCUUUAAGUUAAAUCAUUUAAACCUUUUUCUUGAUCAGCAACAAAAAGCUUUAGUAUAUUUCCUGUUUUUUAGGGUGCUUGCACUUUUGUAGAUAAUAUUUUGAAAUUAUCAUCACUAUAUAUUCACUUAAAUUGUAUAUGAACUUGUACACAGACGUUUUUUAUCAAUUAA